GAGCCGAAGAUGUCGGCUCAGUCAUGUGAUCAGCUGUAUCCAAUCACAGCUGAUCACAUGGGACAUGUACACUGAUCAUCAGGGCACUGAUGAUCAGUGUGCCCUGAUGAUCAAUGUAGCUCCAUCAGUGCCAGCUGUCAGUGUCCAUCAGUGCCAGCUGUCAGUGCUCAUCCAUACCACCUGCCAGUGCCCAUCAGUGCCACAUAUCAGUGCCCAUCUGAGCUGCCUUUCAGUGUUACCUAUCAGUGCCAGUCAGUGCCACCUAUCAAUGCCAGUCAGUGCUACCUAUCAGUGCUGCCAAUCAGUGCCAGUCAGUGCACAUCAGUGCCGCCUAUCAGUGCACAUCAGUGUCGCCUAUCAGUGCCCGUCAGUGCUGCCUAUCAGUGCCGCCUAACAGUGCCAGUCAGUGCCACUAACAGUGCCAGUCAGUAAUGCCUAUCAGUGCCAUAUAUGAGUGCUGCCUUUCAGUGAUGCCUGUCAAUGCCGAUCAGUGCCACCUACCAGUGCCUCCUCAUCAGUGCCCAUCAGUGCCACCUAUCAUUGUCCAUCAGUGCAGCCUAUCAAUGCCCAUCACUGCAGCCUCAUUAGCGCACAUCAGUGAAGGAGAAAAAUCACUUAUUUACAAAAUUU